UUUGGGCGGAGUAAAACCUCUCGCUUCGCCUCUUCCUCUCUGUAGUGGCGUAGAAACAACAUGGUAGCGGCAACAGACGGAGCUUUCCGCGGCACAGACUAGCGAUGCCAUAUUCUACACAGCGCGUCCAAUUCACCGCAUACACUGGACGACAACCACAAUAGUCAACAGCGAGUAAUGAACAGAUCUCGGGUGUACAACGCCAUCUACCAUUUUCUCUCUCUCUCUCUCUCUCUCUCUCUCUCUGUGAUUGGAUAGACAGCCUGAUGGUGAAACUCAACGUGCCAGUGAUGUCAACGGCGGACUGCAGACUGUAACCAUGGGCAACGUGGAGAGCCAGAACGGCGACCAUGCCUUCUACGGCACCCAACAUGGCUACCUAUCCCGCAAACACAUGUCUCGUUCCCUCCGCAUCUCCAAGCACCAGUCCAGCUCCGGUUCCACCCGCUGCACCCACGACCGCCACGCCACUCAGGGCAAAGUAGAACACCGUAACUCUGAGACCUCCACGCGUUCCAGCAGCACCCCUAGUAUCCCACAGUCCUUAGCGGAUCACGCACUGGAGCCCUUCAACCAGACCAAUGUCCUGUCAGACUUCCCUAUUUGGGUGGAUCGUAUGGCCAUGAACCUCCGGCCCGUCUCCUUCCAUACCCACCUGGACAACCCGUCUGUAGGGCCCCACCUGGACAACCCAUCUGUAGGGCCCCACCUGGACAACCCGUCUGUAGGGCCCCACCUGGACAACCCAUCUGUAGGGCCCCACCUGGACAACCCCUCUGUAGGGCCCCAGUUAGACCCAGCAACACCAGGGACUAGACCCCAGUGCCCCCAGGACAGAGGUCUAGGCCUGUACAAUAACACUGGGGAUGGGACCUACCUCCAGAAGACCAGAGAUGGACCCCGGGAACCCCGGGAACCCCGGGAGGGAGUCAGCUUUAAGAAGAAGAGGUCCAAAUCAGCCGACAUGUGGAGAGAACACAGUCUGGAGUUCAGUCUGUCAGACCUCAGCCAGGAACAUCUCACCAGCACAGAGGAGAUCAUCGACACCGAGGAGGCAGACGACAGGGACUUCCCUGAUUGUGAAGGCCUGCUGGGGCUCGUGUCCCCAGAGGGUCUGGAGGGUGUGGACGCUGCUGGCAGGGCCAACUCCCUGGAUCAGCUGUAUGGCGGUCAGAAGACCCCAACUCGCCGGCCCGUGGCACGCUAUGCUAAGUGGCACCAUGACGCUAACCGCGAAGCCCGGGAGGGAGAGGACGAUAAGAUGCUGUCUCCGUCGGAGGAGGAUGGGAACUCGUACGGAGCGUACACUCUGCCCUGUCGACGCUCACACUGCCUGUCUGAGGGCCUGACCAAUCACCAGGCUGCCUCCUGUAACACCAUGCAGGGCCGCAGAGCACAGACCAUACAGGAUGUGACUGCUGGAGAGGGCAGUGAGUACGAGGACAGUGGCAUCGACGGGGUGACGGCUUCGGGGGCGGAGCAUCAGUCCCGGCGCUAUAAGACCAUGUCUAUGUCCUUCUCCGUGUGCUCGGCGGCGGGGCGGAGCCUGUUCGCUGGCAGUGACAGCGGAAGCAGCAGCGGGGGAGGAGCCAGUGAGGGGGUCCAGGGGGUCUACGAGAACUUCAGACAGGAGUUGGAGAUGAGCUCGUGUCAGACAGAGAGUCUGGAGGAGGCGGGGUCAGCCCUGAGUGACGAACAGAGCGUCAUGAGCUCAGCCUACCAAUCAGAUCCCCUGCUCAGCGUUGCCCAGGGAACCGUGAGGAAGGCGGGCCGUCUGGCUGUCAAGAACUUCCUGGUUCACAAGAAGAACAAGAAGGUGGAGUCGGCCACCAGGAGGAAGUGGAAGAGCUACUGGGUCUGCCUCAAAGGAUGCACUCUGUUCUUCUACGAGACAGACGGGCGGUCGGGGAUCGACCACAACAGUGCUCCUAAACAUGCGGUGUGGGCUGAGAAUAGUAUUGUCCAGGCCGUCCCUGAACACCCCAAGAAGGACUUUGUCUUCUGCCUCAGCAACUCUCUAGGAGAUGCUUUUCUCUUCCAGUCCUGCAGCCAGACGGAGCUGGAGAACUGGAUCACGGCCAUCCACUCGGCGUGCGCGGCGGCCGUUGCCAGGCAGCAUCACCGGGAGGACACGGUGCGUCUGUUGAGGGUGGAGAUUAAGAAGCUGGAGCAGAAGAUCGACAUGGACGAGAAGAUGAAGAAGAUGGGAGACAUGCAGCUCAGUGCCGUGACCGAUACCAAGAAGAGGAAGACCAUACUGGACCAGAUCUUUCUGUGGGAGCAGAACUUGGAACAGUUUCAUAUGGGUUUGUUCCGGUACCGGUGUUACCUGGCCAGUCUGCAGGGAGGGGAGCUGCCCAACCCCAAACGCCUGCUAGCCGUAGCCUCCAGACCCACCAAACUGGCCAUGGGACGCCUCGGAAUCUUCUCUGUAUCGUCCUUUCAUGCGCUGGUGGCAGCUCGUACAGAGAGCGGGGUGAGGAGACGUACCCAGGCCAUGUCUCGUUCCUCCUCGUCUAAACGUAAGAGCAGGUUCUCCUCUCUGUGGGGCCUGGACACUACUUCCAAGAAGAAGACUCACCCCACCAUCAACCAGGUGUUUGCUGAUGGGGAGGAGCCAGUGAAAAAGCCUCUGGACGGGAUCUAUGAUGUGGACACUGCCAGGGAGAGAGGGAAGAGUCAUGAGGGGACAGUGAAGAGUCUUCCUCAGGUCAACUCAGACAGUCACAUGACAGACAGUGAUAUCUGGGUGCCUGAUCACCUGACCCCGUCCUGGGUGUGUCUUCCUAACGACCAGCCUGUCCUCGCCAUCAUCCAGCCUGGAGAGUCUGCUCUGGACGUUCUGGAGACCAUCUGCAAGGCCCACCGGCUGGAUCCUGCCAAACAUUACCUCCGUCUCAAGUUCCUCAUCGAAAACCAAGUCCAGUUCUACAUCCCUAAACCGGAGGAGGACGUGUGUGACUUGCUUUAUAAAGAGAUAGAGCUGGGCUCCAAAAUAACCAAAGUCAUCCAGUUCGACAGGGAUGAGUCCUGUAUGAUUGGCUACGGGUUUUCCAUCUCAGUGGUGGAGGAGGAUUCAGUGCAGCAGCUCUACAUUACCGAUGUGAAGGCGGGAGGAUUAGCCUUCGCUAAAGGUCUGAAUGCGGGGGAUGAGAUCUUGCAGCUGAAUGGGAAAGACUCGUGCAGAUUGAAGUUCGGGGACAUGAAGGGGGCGUUUUCCCAGGCCUCUCUGUCCCUGACCGUGAACACUCUGCCCUCCACGGACCGACGACAAAUCUGUUACCUGCCCCCCCGACGCUCUGACGCACAGGAAGUCCUCCACACAGACAUCUUCUCUAUGAACCAGGAGGAGAUUCUGGAUGACGGGGUUGGUCUGACGCUGGAGAGUUCUGGAGACAGCCUGGACGACGACUCUGAGAGCUUCAGCGAGGCAGACCAAUGCAGAAAGAGUACGGAGCAGGUUGCAGCAUUCUGCCGCAGUCUCCAUGACAUGAAUCCGUCUGAGUGUGCGACAAGUUCCUCCUCCCCCAGCCUGGAGUCGCCCGUCCCUCCGCCCGCCACCGGCACCCGUCAGCUCUCUGACGCCGACAAGCUACGCAAAGUCAUCUGUGAGCUGGUGGAGACCGAACGCACCUAUGUUAAAGAUCUUCAUUGUCUCAUCGGGAGGUAUUUAACCCCACUACAGAAGGAGACCUGCCUCACUCAGGAUGAGCUGGACAUUCUGGUUGGGAACCUGCCUGAGAUGGUGGAGUUCCAGGUGGAAUUCCUGAAGACUCUAGAAGACGGGACCAGAUUGGUGCCAGACCUGGAGAAGCUGGAGAGAGUGGACCAGUUCAAGAAAAUCCUCUUCUCUCUAGGAGGUUCCUUCCUGUACUAUGCAGAUCGGUUUAAGAUCUACAGUGCGUUCUGCGCCAGCCACACCAAAGUCCCCAAGGUGCUCGUGAAAGCUAAGACCGAUGCAGACUUCAAGGCGUUUCUGGAAGAGAGGAACCCGAAACAGCAACACUCCUCAACCCUGGAGUCCUACCUGAUCAAACCCAUCCAGAGAGUUCUGAAGUACCCACUACUACUGAGAGAGCUGUACUCACUGACGGACCCGGACAGUGAGGAACACUAUCACCUGAAUGUCGCUAUGAAGGCCAUGAACAAGGUGGCCAGUCACAUCAAUGAGAUGCAGAAGAUCCACGAGGAGUUUGGGUUGGUGUUUGACCAGCUCAUAGCGGAGCAGAGUGGAGACAAGAAAGAGGUUGCUGAUCUGUCGAUGGGGGACUUGCUGCUCCACACCAGUGUAGCCUGGAUCAACCCUCCCUCCUCCCUGGGCAAAUGGAAGAAAGAACCCCAACUGGCUGCAUUCAUCUUCAAAACAGCCGUGGUGUUUGUGUGCAAGGAUGGCUCCAAGCAGAAGAAGAAAAUGGGUGGCUCCCAUCGAGUGUCGUCAGUCUCGUCUGAAGACAAGGACCCAUUCCGCUUCCGUCACAUGAUCUCCACAGACGCGCUCCAAGUCCGAGCCCUCAAUAACCAAGGUACAGUUCAAUAUAGAGCCCUCAAUAACCAAGGUACAGUUCAAUAUAGAGCCCUCAAUAACCAAGGUACAGUUCAAUAUAGAGCCCUCAAUAACCAAGGUACAGUUCAAUAUAGAGCCCUCAAUAACCAAGGUACAGUUCAAUAUAGAGGCCUCAAUAACCAAGAAGGAGAGGCCUCUGCCGUAUGUGAGAUCGUCCACGUCAAGUCCGAGUCAGAAGGACGGCCGGAGAGGAUAUUCCACCUGUGCUGCAGUUCUGUGGACAGUAAGAAGGACUUCCUGAAGACAGUCCACUCCAUCCUGAGAGAUAAACAACGACGCCAGCUGAUGAAGACAGAGUCUCUACCCCCCAACCAACAGUAUGUCCCCUUCGGAGGCAAACGCCUCUGUGCCCUGAAAGGAGCCAGACCUGCCAUGAACAGAGCAGUGUCAGACCCGGCCCGAACCUUGGGCCGGAGGAAACUGGUGAGGAACCGUUUCACUAUCGACACAGACAUCGUCUUCGACGGCGAGCCGGACCAAGAGUCCCCUCUGUCUCCACUGUCCCCUGAAGAGCCUGAGGGACAGGGACAAAAGGAAGGACAGGGACGGGCGGAGGUGCAGGCAGGGGAUACGGACCGCUGGGUGGAGGAGCAGUUUGACCUGGAGCGCUACGAGGAGGAGCAGGAGGCGCAGGUGAAAGGAGGAGGGGACGUUAAAGAGACAGACAUCCUUAGUGACGAUGACGAUUUCUGCCAGUCUGUCGGAGGAGCCUCCGCUGAACCUCUAUCCACCACAGACCUAGAAGGGCCCUUAGGGGCCCUGUCCAUGGGAGAAGAAUGCAAAGAGGUGGGCCCUAAACACCUCCAGCCCCAGGGAGGCACGGGGACCACUACCCCAGGGAUGAGGCUCUCACACCCGGGGAAGCAGUGUGCUCUGGUUGGGGUGAGCGUGGAUGACCAGGGGUCUAAGGGGGAGGCUGAGGACAUCUGGGUACGCAGGGAGGACUGUCCCUCGGACUCAUCAGAGCUAGACUAGAAGAGGAGAGAGAACUCUACAGACAGUGUGCCUCAGACAGAGAGCUUUACACUUCUUUUAACCAGGUCCUAUAGGGUAACUCAUAGGCCCCUGGUAAAAAUAUUUUAAAAAGUAGUAUAGGGAAUAGGGUACAUUUUGGGACACAGUUCAUGGGCUUCAAGACAAGAGACGAUCCAGUGAACUCAAGUCAAUCAAUCCCCAUCCAACCAUAAUGCAUGUGUAUAGACAUGUAUGGUACGUCUACUGUGAGAGUUCUCCUCCUUGACCAAUGUGGUUCAAUUGUGUUGUUGUUUUUUUGUAGUGUACAGAUAGACUGGUGAACUUUGAACUGAAGCCCUCCAAUGGGAGCAAUACUGGAAUACAAGGAGAGGAGAGCGGUCUUAUCCAAUCAACCAAUGAUAUAGAGACAUGGAGGGCUCUUCCAAUCCUGGUGACGUAGAGGCCAGGCUGUAAGAGAUUGACACUGACUGUCUAAUGGUACAAUCGUGGACCCUGAUCAAUACUGUCGAUUGGCAUGGUUUGCACAUAGGGGUAGAUUCCUGGGGUUACUGUAGGUUCCUGCUUAUUGUUGCCACAUGGGUAUUUGUUGUGAACACACGAAGCCUUGUCUGAGAGACAGAGAGACUUUGAAUCAUAGUAAAGAGUUGUAUAUUAUUUAAAUAUCAACAUAAUACUCAAUGGUAGAGGACAGCCUCGUCAAGUCUUUAAAGUCGCCUGUUUUCACAGUAUUUUAUCUACUCAGUUUCUCAAUAUACUUCCGUUGUUGUGUAUAUCAUUUUGACUUCCUGUUUUGCAAUUCGAAACCAGGCUCUCAUUUUUUUUGUGUGUUAUUAAAACAUUUUUUUUCGUUCUGUGAUGACAUAGAAUAACAGAUGUUUGUUUUAUUGACCUCAUCUUCACUCUUCACUGAAGUUAAGGGAUUUCAAUUGUCUUUUUUUUAUUUUAUAUAAAAUCCUGUUUUACUUGAAUUGUCAUAUUAUUUUUGUUAUUUUUUUAGUCUUUUUUUUUUUUUUUUUUUCUCCGUUACUUUCCGGUCAUUUUAUUGGUCUUCAUGACACCCGUUCUGAUUACUACACCCUGUCACCUUUUAUUAUUACCAACACUGUUAGUGCACGUUCUUUGUUGUGGACAACGUGCACAUACAUUCAUUACAUUCCAGUAUUUUACUGUUAAGAAUUUUUGUUUUAAAUCUUGUUGUUUCACCAGCCAAUAAUGCAUUUUCAAAACCAUGUUUUUUCUUUUUUUAAUUGGUGUUGAUGAUAUUUUUUUGCCACAAAAAAAAAAAAAAAAAAAAAGACCUUCUUAAAUACGUAUAAAACUUGCUGGAUGCAAUCAAGAUGGUGAAGAUGUCUAAACUAGUGUAAAAUGUUGAAAAGAAAUCCUAUAAUAUUACGAAUAAUACUUGUGAAACUACCCAGUGUGCUACUAAGACUACAUUUGUAUUACUCUGUAUGUAAAUAUUGCAAUGUGUUGAUAUCAUAUCAAAUAAAUUGGUUUCCUACUUAUCAUUUA